AUGAUGUCAUCCAAUCCAACAUCCUACUCUGGAGGGAGUGAAACCAUACGCACUCCUUACCCACUAAGCAGCUGUACAGUUCCUGGUUCUCCACAACCUCAAGGUUUAAUUAACCUAGGUAACCAAGCUCAGGGAGGUCAGCUUCCAUUCAUCACAGCUCCUGGAAUCUUGGAUACCCAUCAGCUGGGUCAAGGAAAUAUGCAAGUGAUAAACUCAGCCAUAGGAAAAGCAGCAAUAAAGUUUAAAGAAGAAGCAAAGGGUCUAGGGGCAAUCCAGGUCAUGAUUGGAAUUAUGCACAUUGGUUUUGGGAUCAUUCUGGGUUUACUGAGUUACUCUACUGAAAACUAUUGGGAUUUUGCCUCUAUUGCUUUCCUUGGUGGUUACCCAUUCUGGGGUGGACUCUGUCUCUCUGGGAAAGGAAUUUCAGCCAUGCUGAUGAUCUUCUCUCUCUUGGAAUUCUGUGUAACUUGCACCACAGCCCAUUUUUCCAGCCAAUCACCAUAA